AUGAGCAAGCAACCAUUGAUUUACAGUUUCGUGGCAAAGGGCACAGUUGUGCUGGCGGAGCACACAUCGUUUUCCGGGAAUUUCAGUACCAUUGCGAUCCAGUGCCUGCAGAAGCUGCCUCCCAAUAAUAACAAGUUCACCUAUUCGUGUGAUGGUCAUACCUUCAGCUUCUUAGUUGAUAGAGGAUUUGUUUUUCUUGUUGUAGCUGAUGAAGCAGUUGGGAGGAGCAUGCCAUUUGUAUUUCUUGAGCGGAUUCGAGAUGACUUUAUGCGGCGAUAUGAAUCAAGCAUUAAUGCUGACGGUUCUCACCCACUUAUUGAUGAAGAAGAUGAUGAUCUUUUUGAAGAUAGAUUCAGCAUAGCGUACAAUCUUGACAGGGAAUUUGGUCCAAAACUGAAAGAGCACAUGCAAUAUUGCAUAAGCAACCCUGAAGAAAUCAGCAGAUUGUCCAAACUGAAGGCUCAGAUUACGGAAGUUAAAGGAAUAAUGAUGGAUAAUAUUGAGAAGGUUCUUGAUCGUGGGGAGAAGAUUGAACUUUUGGUUGAUAAGACUGAAAGCUUACAGUUUCAGGCUGACAGCUUUCAGAGACAAGGGAGGCAGCUUCGCCGAAAAAUGUGGCUUCAGAACCUCAGAUUCAAGCUAAUGGUAGCAGGUGGUCUCAUCUUUUUCUUACUUGUUGUUUGGUUGUUGGCCUGCAGAGGGUUCAAAUGCUAGUUCAGUGAAGGAGGAGCGUAUGGUUCUUGCAAAUCUCUUUUAUGGGAUCCUUCAGGUCUGUAUAAAGUGGAAUAUGCUCUUAUUGAAGAACGAAUUGUGGAAUAUUUGAAACAAAAAAAAAAAAGGUUAAGUGCUGAAAAUAUGAAAUAUAUCAUGUAAAGCUGCUUGUCGUUUUAGCCUGAAUUUAGAUGUUUUUUGAGCUACUUUUUAUGGAUUAUUGUGGUUUAUAUCAUAAAAUCAUUUAGAAAGGUGGUAUGUAGUAGCAUAUUGUGAU